CCGGACGGAGGCCGCGGGGCGGAAGUGAGCGCUCCCGCGCCUUCCUCUAGCGUCCUCGGUGGAGCCACCGCCCAUCUCCGGCCCGUAGUCUCCCCACCGUCGCCUCGGUCCCCGGCCACGCGGAGCCGGGAUGCGCUGCUCCUGCUGUGGGGGCUCAUCAUGGAGACCAGGCGGGGGGAGAUCCCCGGCAGCGUCCUGGACGACCUCUGCAGCCGGUUUAUUUUGCAUAUUCCCAGCGAAGAAAGAGACAAUGCUAUUCGAGUGUGUUUUCAGAUUGAACUUGCCCAUUGGUUUUACUUGGAUUUCUACAUGCAGAACACACCAGGAUUACCUCAGUGUGGGAUAAGAGACUUUGCUAAAGCGGUCUUUAGUCAUUGUCCAUUUUUGCUGCCUCAAGGUGAAGAUGUGGAAAAAGUUUUGGAUGAAUGGAAGGAAUAUAAAAUGGGAGUACCAACAUAUGGUGCAAUUAUUCUUGAUGAGACACUUGAAAAUGUAUUACUGGUUCAGGGUUACCUAGCAAAGUCAGGCUGGGGAUUUCCAAAAGGAAAAGUAAAUAAAGAAGAAGCUCCACAUGAUUGUGCUGCUAGAGAGGUCUUUGAAGAAACUGGUUUUGAUAUCAAAGAUUAUAUUUGCAAGGACGAUUAUAUAGAACUUCGAAUCAAUGAUCAGCUUGCUCGUUUGUACAUCAUUCCAGGAAUUCCAAAAGACACAAAGUUUAACCCGAAAACUAGAAGAGAAAUUCGGAACAUUGAGUGGUUCUCUAUUGAGAAGUUGCCUUGUCAUAGAAAUGAUAUGACCCCCAAAUCUAAGCUUGGUUUGGCACCUAACAAAUUUUUUAUGGCUAUUCCUUUUAUCAGACCAUUAAGGGAUUGGCUUUCCCGAAGAUUUGGAGAUUCCUCAGAUAGUGACAAUGGAUUUUCCUCAGCUGGUAGCACACCAGCUAAACCAACUGUGGAAAAAUUAAGUCGAACCAAAUUCCGCCACAGUCAGCAGUUAUUUCCUGAAGGUUCUCCUGGUGAACAGUGGAUAAAGCACAGACAGCCAUUGCAGCAAAAGACAUACAGUAAUCAUUCUGAAAUGUCUGACCUUUUAAAAGCAAAGAAUCAAAGUGUGAGGGGAAAUGGCAGAAAGCAGUAUCAAGAUUCACCUAAUCAAAAGAAACGAACAAACGGAAUCUACAGCCAGCAAGCCAAGCAGCAGAAUCCCUUGAUGAAAUGUGAAAAAAAACUCCACCCACGAAAACUUCAGGAUAAUUUUGAAACAGAUGCUGUAUAUGACUUACCUUGCUCCGGUGAAGACCAGUUGCUAGAACAUGCAGAGGGGCAGUCUAUGGCAUGUAAUGGACAUUGCAAGUUCCCGUUUUCAUCCAGAGCCUUUUUGAGUUUCAAAUUUGACCAUAAUGCUAUAAUGAAAAUACUGGACCUCUGAUAGCAACAGCUUUAUUGUGGAAGCCUGUGAUCAAAGACUUGUUGCAUUUGAGUGGGUGUCUCUUUGAGCCUCACCUUUCUCAGGUGUUUUAAAGCAAUGCAGAGAGAGUAGCAAGAAACACGAGUUUGCACUGUAAAUGUAAUUGUAAUCUUUCAUACAGACAUACCUUCUCAGUGUUUAGCUUUUGAAUUUAAGUUGGCUGUUUGGAGGGCAUUUCUUUUUUCUGUGUGAUUGUGGAUUUCAUUUGUAUUUUGAUCAGAAAAAAGUAGUGUUAUUGUCAUCAAGAGCCAAAUUAAUGAGGAUGCUGUGUUUACCCAUAACAGUGAUUGUAAUAGUUAUCUUACAUUGAACUUUUUAGAAGGAACUUAAAAUACAUAGUUUUCGAAUGAACACAUUGCUGAAAUGUCAUGGAAGCAAAAGAUCGCAGAUCAGCUGCUAUAGUGGCAUUUUGUAUAUUUCUCUUUUUCUAACUUUGUAAAUUCUCUAAUCCCCUGCUUUUUUUUUUUUUUUUGAAAGAUUUUGUUGAAAGAUUUUCUUAAGGGCCUGUACCUGCUAAGUAAUGUUCCUGUUGUUAAGACGAACUCUUAGCACAGCAUUGGAAGACAAAAUCUUCAGAUUGCAGAGGGGCUGAACCUGGUGGGGGGUGGAUGGUAUUAUUUGAAAUUGUGAUUCACAAGUGAGAAAACCUGAUACACAGCUGAAAAGAGGGGAGCAAAGAGCAAGAAGUCUGGCCCUCAGCAAUAGCUAUGGUCAUGUCUUUUUACCUUACUGCUGCUGCUGACCUGUUUGUAUUGUACAAUAAUUUUGUUCUUGUGAAAAUGUAUCCUGUAUUACAGUGUGUAAAACUGACCUUGUAAGAUAACUACAUUGCAUCUCAAUGUUGAUCUCUGGAAACUGAUACCCACAAGGUUCCAAUUUGCAGUAGUAGCAGAGACUGACAAGCUUUUAUUUACAUGCUGAAGCUCCUGGUGGAGCAGGAAGGGAAUGGGUAUGCAGUUUACCAACUACAAGUUAAAUUUUUCACUUGCAGAGGACCAGAAGAACAUGGAAGCAUCAUAUAUAACUUACAGUGAGGAAUGUGUUUUUCUCGUUCAGGAUUCUUAACAUCCAAAUAUGGAUGGCAGUGCCCAUCUUUAAGAAAGAUUUCAGCUCUAACUGAGGACAAUCAUCAGGGCUUUAAUAAGGAGACCUUAAUGUUUGGGCUGCUUCUGACCUCAUUGAAGGUAUUUCUUUGUAAGGUGGGACAUUGGGGGAAUGUGUGAGCAUAUGCAUGUGUGUGCAUCUGUCAGGUGAGUUUUAAAAAAUCUUUUCUUUACAUGUGGUAUCCACAAAAUAUAUAUCUCUGCUUGUAAAUUUUAUUGGGGAAAUCUUUAUUCUGUACACAUAGCUUAUUUAAUAGGGGUUUUAUUUAACCCAGUAGACUUUUCAAAAGAAGUGCUAUUGUGAGGAAUUCACUUGGUAUUGCUUCUCAUUGGCUUUUAAAUGGUUUGAUUUUUAAAAGAGAAAUUCUAUUUAUUAAUAAAAGUGUCACCCUCUUGGUGCUAAGCAGGAGAAUUCACAACAACAGCAGAACUUUUUGAAUUAGGUUAUUCCCAAAUCCUGCGUCUUUCAAUGUGACAAAAUCGUGAAUCUUUUCUGUAACUUUACAAAAUGCGUUAUAUUAUUGUGUUUGGAAGCUCUUACUGUUUUUAUGGCUACCUUGGCUUGGGUCUACCUUAUAAUUAGUCCCAGCAUUCCAGUUUUGUUAAAAGUGAAAACUUAGUUUGCCUGACAGGUAAAUCGUUUUCACUAGUUUACUGUCACCUGUAAGCAUUUAGUUUGUGGUGAUUUCUGUGUGUGUUUUUUGAGUACCCAGUCUUUUUGGUGCCCAGUGUUGAAUCUUUCAGCUUUUAGUGCUAAAAAGCAAAGGGCAUUAGAGUUUGUUACCAGAAGUAAAUCCUAAUUCGAGCUUUUUUAAGAACCAACAAGUUUUCUCUUUUUAGCAGUCUAACUGACUGCUGCUUCAUUUAUGCACUUGGAACAAAAUAAGGGUAUUGUUGAGAGGGGAUUUUGGUAACUUGAGGCUUUGGCUCUCUUGUCAAUUUGAGAUUAAAAAAAAUUAAGAGACGUUAUAUAGUUUAUGAUGUAACUUAACUAUGCAGAAAAUAUGUAAGUUGCAUGUACCUGUUUUAUGUACAUUUACUGAAGUACAUAAAAAGUACAUAUUCCUUUGAAGCUGUGUAUUAUUUUCUCAAAGUUUAUGUGACUUUGAGAAGGGUCAGGCUUAGCACAGAACUGGAUUUCUCUUUUGAGAAAUUUUAGCAUGUUUUGAAGAAGCAAGGGUGUGCUGAAUAUGCAAUAAUUUCCUUCUGUGUGCUGCAUGCAUUUUAAGAAACUAGAACAGUAUUUGUGUUAGCUUGUGUUUUUUGUCUUUGAGAGAACUGUUUCUUUAAAUUUACUUUUUAAAAUGUUUUUAUGUUCCAGCCUUAUAUAUUACAAGUUUCUAGUGCACUGUGAAUCUUUUUUUUUUUUUAAUUUUGCAGGUGCUUUUAUGUAUGACUUUAAUGAUUUGUAAAAUGUCAAUGAAUUGUUUGUGUAUUUAACCAUUAUGAUCCACAAUGGGUUUAGUUUACAUGCUUUUACAAGUUUUUGUUAGAAAUAUAAAUGAGUGGUUUUAGUUAUUUCAAACAGAUGCUCUCCUGAACAUGAACAUAUGGAGAGGUCUGAGAACCUAAUAGAACUCUUUUAGCUUGGGUAACAUUUGAUUGAAGAUGUUUGAAUAUUAGUUGGAUUUUUGUGUUAAAAGACAAGUCUCCUGUGUUGCCCAAGGAAUUAUGGCCACUGCUUGAUGCUUUGAGCUUUGAAUAUCCUUAUUUUUCUAGUAAAUAUCUGUAAGUAUAGAUAUGUAGAUGUAUAGCAAAAUAAAUCUUAUGCUAUAAAAUAGGGUUGGUACUUCUUUUAAAGCUUUAAUAGUUUGUGAGUAAUACAAAAUAAAAAGAACUCAAAUCUGAGUGAAUAACAUCUUUUCCAUGGGGACCAGCAUAUUGUAGUGGUCUUUAGAAAUGUACGUGUAUGCAUUAAAAACAUUUCAUUACUUCUUCCCUCAUUUACUUUUAUUUGGGGUGGAUGUCUCAAAAAUUAGUUAAUUUGAAGAAUAAGGAACAAAGUCAUAAAAAUCAAAUGUUUUGUGAGUUUAUUUUACUUAUCAUAUUAGUAUCUCCUGGUUUUUAUGUUUAUAUGCAUCAGACUUCCUUCUGCCUCCUAGGAUAUUUUGUUUUGAUUCUUAUCUGUUGUGUGUUCUCUGAGGCAAUAUUUUCUUAGCAUAUUACUAGCAGUUACAGGUCAGACUCACUUUUUCUGACUGAGAGAAACAGGAGUUACCCAAUCAUUUUGAUUUUUUUAAGUCUGGAGGAAGGGUCAGUCACAUCAUUGUAUCUUUAGAUUAGUGAUAAGCAGGAGAGUCUUAGAAGGUAUCAAGAGGGAACUGGUUUUUCUAAACCUUUAUUUCUCAUAGCUUGUCAGUAAGCAUAAUUCUGCAGUAAGUCCUAAGACUUUAGUAUGCAUUUGUAUAGUUGCCAAAAUCCUAGAAAUGAAAUUAUGGUAGACUUUCUCGACAUCUUUUUCUUCCUAGAAUUGGCAUUGUUUUUCAAAUUUGUGGUACUGUGCUGUAAAGAUGGCAGAUUGCAAAUAGGUAAUAAAGUCUCUGUUGCUUUCACAGUAGAGUUUUGGAUUGCAUUUUCUAAAAAACAGAGUAGAGUAUUAUUUUAGAACAAAGUGUCCUGAAAGAAAAAGAAUGGCUAUCAUUUUUGAGCAAAGAGAAUGUAAGAUUUUUAGAUUAGUAUGUGUAACAUUUACUAAUCAUUUACAAUCUCUGGAUAAAAGCCCAUUUUCUCUAAGUACAGUUGCCAGGGAAUCCGUUAAUUCUAAAGUAUAUUUUCUCAAUUUUUAAAGGCCUCUGAGUGGGAGUCAAGUUCAUCCUGUGCUGAUACAAAUCCAAUCAUAUUGAAGUGCAGUUGCUUUCCUAUUAGGUGGGUAACACAUAGCAUGCACAGCCAUAGUCAGGCCUCUGUGUGUAGUAACCGGUUCACGUGGUAGCUAUACAUUUGAGUGUGAUCCAGUCCUUUCCUUUAGACAAAUAGCAUUUAUUAUUGAAAGAGUAAUCUCUAGUUAGGGAAGGAUAAAAUUAACUCUCAUGCAUGGACUUGGACUUGAAGGGUUGACUUCUACUAGCUUAGUUGAUCAAGCCUUCAACGUAAGUAUAAAGAAAUGUAAAGAAAGAACUAAUAAAAGUAUGGAAGUUUUCUGGAAUGUUCUAAUUAAAUAUUUAAUCUGGGUCCCCAAGUUAAUGAAAUCACUCGUUAAGAGAUUCCAUUUUCAUGGGUCAUCUUCUGUGGUAGCAGAGGACCAUCUAGCUCUGGUUUAGAUUGAAAGCACAAUCUAAAGGAAAGUAACCUUAACAAGAUGCUUGUAUUUAGCUUUGUAUUGUUGUCAAGUGUUCUGUAGGAAAGGGAUUAAAUGAGAAUCAGUUGCCUAACUUUGUCCUACAUGGGCCCUCCUCUUAGUGGAUUUUAGACAUUUGGUUUAGUGGAAGAAGGAUAAGCCCCUGAUACAUGUUUACUGCUUUUUUAGUGGAAGGGUUUGUACAGAUGGUUGGAUCUUAUUUAGGUGUAGGCCUCUGUUGAGUGCUGUUUGAAGACCUAGUAAUUCUUAAUCCUUUUUCUUGGUGGUUUACCAGGAAGACAUUAAAUGCUUUACCCUGCAACUUUGUUUUUGUUUUUUUUCCUUUCCUUUGUACUGUAUUUCUGUGGUGACUCUACCACUGUGGGAAUUUGUGGGUGGUGAUCAUGUAGUACUAUCCAGAUGAUCUCACUUUGACCCUUUCUGCAACAAUUAGAUAGUGUAGCUGUGAACACCAUUGCUAUUUUGAGUUUGUGAAUGUAGUUGUCCAAUUGGUUUAGGAACAAUGAAAAUUCUUUUGGGUUCUAAAAAACGAGCAGUGUUUCGAUGGUCUUCAGUUUUCAAGAGUUCUUAGUUUACAUGCUUACAUUGUGGACUUCCUAAGAUAGAAAGUGUGUUUGAAUUUAAUCUCUUAACCCUCCAAAUCCUCAGAUUUCAACAAUCUGUAGCUAUAAACUAUGGUGUAAAACAUUUUGACCACAAUCUGUAUUGAUAGUCAUUUCUCAAGUUUUAAAGAAUUAGUUCUUUGUAAGAAUUAGUUCUGUAGCUAUUAUCUUUGUAAGAUAAUAGCUUGACUUAUGCUGUUGUGAUACUUAUGAGUAGAAAAGGGAUGGCAGCAUGUAAAAGCAAAAACUCUCAAUGGUGGCAAUAGCAAGUUCUUGCAGUUUAGUUGGUUAGAUGUGUUAAAUUUUGAAAAAAAAAAAAAAAAAUCAGUAGCCACAGACUUAAACUCUUCCUGUAACAUUGAAUUUGCAACAAGAAACAGAAAAAUUUGCAAGAGAUUCUUAUGCAUUUCACGACUGUCCUAGAGCAUAUGUUUGUUCAAUUUAGAUUUAUGGUUGGAUCUUGGACAAAUACCAUUUAAUUUUAAAUGCAAGUUUCCAAAGAACUGAGUCUUUGAUUUUACUUCUCUGCUCAUUUUUCCCUUCUGUUUGGACAGGAGACAGCUAACCUGGCUUCCAUUUUACAAACUUUUCUUCAAUAACAUAUAGAGAAGGGAAAUAAAGCCAUGAACUUUUUGUAUAUAUGUAUUCUUACAAAAGUUUAUUAGCUAACUAUCUUUAAAAGUUUAUCUUUGGUAAAUAUUAAUUAUCCUAUAUCCACAUACAAUUCAGAUUUUAAAUUAUCUGUUGGCUUUAAAGAAGAUUUUAAAACAAUCCUAUGAUUAAUCAAAUGGAAUGUAUUAGCUAUCUUAAGUCUUCUUUUGUAAGAUAAUUUUUCAUCUAAUCAAAAUAAGGAUAUACAGUGUAGUUUGAUAGGAAAAGGCAAAUUAAUUUGUUCUUCUUAAUACCCUGCCUAUUUUCAAAAAAGAUUUGAAGUUUUGUUUUUUUUUAAAUGCUAUGGAGACUAUAGUAGGUUUUAGUCUGAAAAAGUUGAAGAUAUGUGUAUAGAGUUAUGUUAAGCAAAUUUUUUUGAGAUUUAUAUCAAAAUAUGAUAGAAAAUGAUGAAAUGAUUUUACUAUAAAGUACAUAUUUAGUUGAAAAAUACUUUUCAGUGCAAAUGUGAUAAAUAGAAUAUAAACUUUAAUCAGUAGUCAUUUGUUUUAUGUGAAAUGAUUUUAACAUUUAAUUUUUUCCCCUUAACUAUAGCAGUGUUUUAUUAUUAUUUCUAGAAUAUUUUAGUGUUUUGAGAGAGAUAAAUAAACCAGUGGAAUAAUUCUGCCAAUGUUGGUACUGGAGUAUUUGUGCUGGUCUUGGUUAAUCAUCAAUGAAUAGGAAGAGCAGAAAAAGAAUAUCCCUUUCACCUCCAUAUACCUGUCAAGAUGUCAGAUCACAUUGUAAUGAUAAGAAUUGAUACCUUUAGACUAUAUUAAUUGUGUUUCUGGAUUUAUUUUACAUUCUGGUUGAAAAAUAGCUUUGUCUUUUUCCCUUAUUGUUAAUGAAAGGAUAAAGACUGAAUUUCACCUACAUUGUGUGACUGUCAUAAAAAUAAAGGAUUUUCAGUGAGUUAUAUUUGUAAAUUGGGAGUCACAAUGUUACAGGAUGACUACACUUCCAGAGAUUAGAAAUGCCAGCUGUAUUCUUCACUGAAAGUGAACAAAGUACUGUGUCUUAGAAAGUUUUUUGAUGUAAAUGAUACCAGUUUAGAAUUAAAAAAGACCUUUUCUUUUAUAAAAUGUAAUUUCAAUAAUGGGAGGUUUCCUUUGUAUUUUAAAACAUUUCUAUAUUUGAUUGUUCAAAUGCUGGUUUUCUGUAAAACAUCCUAUUUAGACUGUAGUGCAACAUCAAUAAA